AUAAAGCAAGGCAGUUGAAGUCAGUCAAUGAGAGUAUAUAUGAAAUCAAGAGUCAAGAUGGUUGCUCAAGAUCAGAGUCAUUGGAACAUGAUGGCAUUUUUGUUUCAAAUAAUCUUGAUCUUUCAUCAACUUGGAGAUGCUUGUGCACAGGACAGUAUUUCUACAUCAAAUGGCAGGGAUUUCUACAUCGGUUACAUGCGCAAUUUUGCUGGUACAAGUUUCACAACUCUCAGGCUAUGGAUUGGUACCACUUCUACAGAGAAUGUUGAGUAUGUAAUCGAGUCACGAGGUGAAAUAAUUCAACAACAAGGAACAGUAAACAGUACCUCACCUACUACGGUUGCAAUUGAUGCCAAUUUCCAGGUUACUGAUAGCAAUUUUGAAAAUCGAGAAAAAGGACUCCAUAUCUAUAUCACGAUUGACACGGGAUCGAUUUAUGUCAUUGCGGACAAUUCUGUCUCCCCACACAAUCAAGGGGUCUUUCUGGCAUAUCCUUGCUUGACAUUCAAUGAAGAUGAAUAUGAGUACUAUGUAAUCUCUACCGAAGUAGUUAGUACUCCCCAAAGUCAACUCUUACUUGUUGGGUGUGAAAAUGAUACAAAGAUAUCGAUUAUACCGUCUCAACCCAUCACUCUUCCACGAGAUUUACAGUCAUCAAACACAUCGGAUUCAAUUUCAUUAGAGGCAGAAGAUGUUCACAAUGGUACUAUUCAUCAAUUGCAAACAGUUCUGAUCUCCAGUAACGGAGAUUUAACUGGAACAAGAAUUGUGUCAAGUAAACCACUGUCCGUUAUUGCUGGGCAUCAAUGUGGAAACGUGCCUUCAAACACUACUGGUUGUGAACCGUUUGCAGUUCAGGUUCCCCCUUCUUUUACCUGGGGAAAUAAGUUUCUUUUAGCAAGUUUUGGUGGUAGAGAUGCUGAUACUGUUUUCAAGUUUGUGUCUACCGUGCCAACAAACGUUGUUAUCGCAUGUGAGCAGACUUUGAGACUUACAAAUAUUACCGAAUUUCAAUUUGCAGUUUCAGCGAGCAUGUAUUGUUCUCUACAUUCUUCAGAACCAAUUCUUUUGGUUCAAUUGGCAACAUCAGGCAGCGGUGAUGGUAGGGGCGACCCAGCUAUAGCUCUUGUCUCACCAGUAGAUCAAUACGUUCACAACAUUUCGUUUCUGGCACCCCCGGCAAACACUUUCUCUGGAGUAUACAUUAGUGUCACAGUUUCAACUGAAUACUACAGUUCUGAUAGUAUCUUUUACGAUGGUGAAGUUCUUGAUUGUACUUGGAAGGAGAUAUAUGGUGACAAUAGCAUGGUCACUGGAUAUGGGUGCAACUACACCAUUACUAACCUUCGCACUGAUUUACCUUCACAGCAUGUAGUUUCACAUUUGGAACCUAACGGUCUUAUUUCUGUAUUAGUGUAUGCCUUCAGCACAUCCAAUAUAGGCGUGGCCUAUCUGACUGGCCAAGAAAUAACAGCUGGAUUCAUAGGUGAAGGUAAUGACGGCAACAUAGGUGAUUUUGUAGAAUUUUUUGAUAUCACUGAGUUUCCGGGAGUUGCUGAGUUAGACCGUGAUGUGUUGGAUGGUGCAUCAGAAGCAAUCAUAAUCCCAAACGGUUUAUGGUUUGGACAAGAUAUUGUGACGGAAGCGUUUGUAAAUGAAAAUGGAGUCAUUUCAUUUGAUAAACCAUGGGGAUUCUCCUAUCCUGAUCGAUUUCCCACGGACUAUUACUGGACACAACUUGGAAAAGCGAUUGCACCAUUUUGGAGUGACAAUGACAUUCGAAAAGAAGGCCAUGUUAGGUAUGCCACCUACUGCAACAUUACAGACACAACUGGGUGUAGCUAUCAUGCUGAAGGUCAAGCUAUCUUGGAUGAAGUAAAUCUGUUCAUUCAAGCAAAUCGUGGAGCAGAUGCCGAUUUCUUUGCUGGAGAUUGGAUGCUAAUUGCACAGUGGGACCAUGUCCAUCCCUAUCCGCAUGGUUCAGAUAAUACGCAGGGUAUUCGAGAAGAAGUCUUGAGCAAAACCAAUACCUACCAAGCAAUCGUUGUGAGUGACACUAUUCAUACGUCGAUGAUUUUUACCUACAUCUGUGGAGACUUGCAAUGGAGUGCGUUUGGAUCAAGUAGAAAUGCUGCUGUUGUUGGUUAUAAUUCUGCUGGAAACAUAUAUUUUAAUCAUCCAUUAUCAGGCUAUACAUCCAUUGGAGAAUCACUGUCAUGUGCAAUAAGGCUCGGCAAGAGAAGAAAGAGGCAGAGUGUAAGAGGGAGCUCUAUUUUAGAAGAUGUACAAACUGCUAUUGCAGAAUGCAGCAAUAUGUUGGGAUUCGAUGCUCAUACUGAUGUAGAUAAUUAUGUAUCAAUGCUGGAGCCCUGUCCUUGCAUUAAAAGCCAGGCUGAUCUGGACACGGCACGAUUUAGACCUCAAAGUGACAGUGUAAAUUGCUAUGUUUCGAUGAAACCUCUUUCUACAACUCCCGAUGUACUGACAUCCAUGAGAAGUAUGAUUGUUCAACAAUGCUGCUACAAUGAUAAUGGAGCACUGAUCACUAUGGAAAGUGUUGAUGCUGGAUCGCUACUUUUUCAACAUCCCUUACGAGAACCAACUAAAUACAACAAAAUAAGGAACCAGCUGAAUAACGAUGUGACUUUUGGCGAUAAGACAUUUAAAAUGACUUGCUGCACUGGUUAUGUACAAGGGAAAGAUUUCUGUAUGAAAUUCUUUCAAAGAAGACCUAACAACAAUUGCAGUGGAUAUAGACCACCUGUUGUAGUGAUGUACGUAGGUGCUGGCUGGGGAGAUCCACACUUCACUACAUUUGAUGGGUUAAAGUUUGACUUUCAAGGAAUCGGAGACUUUACAGUGUUCAAAACGUUGUCUCCUUCAAUUACUGUUCAAGGGAGAAUGGAGAGAAUCAUCGAUAAUCAUAGAGCUACGUGGCAUACUGGCCUUGCCUUUGGAGACACUGAUAAAUCAUUUGAAGUGACUGGCACAAACAAUGGGCCAACAGGAUGGAGAAUUGUGGAGUCCAAUAAUGAAAUCACCGACCAACUUCCCCCGGUCAGUAGAUGGCCAGAUGAUGACACUACUUUAGUACAGUUACGGAGAGAUAGAAACAACAAACUUACUGCAGAUUUUUUCAGAAGUGGAAUAUCACUAAUUAUUAAUUUGCACUGGUACAAAAACUGUAAUUUCUUUAGCUACAAACUUAAAGUCCCCACUUCAUACAUGCGUCAAGUACGAGGAUUGCUUGGGAAUUUUGAUGGUAGUCUUAGUAUUGAUCGUGAGCUAUUUACAAGAGAGAACCAGCCUGUACCCUACACAUCGGAUCAAGGAGUUUAUUCCGCUAUGACCUCAUGGAUGGUGACAGAGUCACUUUUAUUUCGUAAUGCUUAUGUACCUGUACCUAAUGAUGAUGACCAUGGUACAAGAAAGAGGCGUCAAGCACCAAAUGCAUAUACUCCAACAUUUUUUGAUAACUUGAAUUUUAAUGACACACAAAGAACGCUUUGUGAAAACAAUCGACAGUGUCUGUACGAUUUGUUUAUUACUGAAGACAAUGAUGUCGCACAGACUACAUUGGACACAGAAAAAGAAACUAAUAUGACUAUUGCAACUUUAAAUAAUUUUCCACCAAACAUUUCAGCUGAAGCUACUUUAAGGGUCAACCUAGGGGAACAGUCUGUUCUCGCUCUAAGUUUGGUUGAUUCGGAUGAUAAUUUUACAUUGAAUAUCCAAGAUGGCCUACCUGACAGCCCCAUAUUGGAGAAGAUCUCAGAUGGGGAGUAUUUCUUUAUGUGGACUUUGCAACAAGUUACCAACAAGACUCUUGUGUUCAUUGCUAACGAUACGAGAGGUGCUGCCUCACUUUUCAUUCCAACUGUGGAAAUCUGUGCCUGUGUCAAUGAAGGAGUUUGCACACUGGAUGGUUUACUCACCAGCAAUACCACUGUUGUGAUGAACUGCUUGUGUAGUGAAGCGUAUGACGGGAGGUUCUGUCAGGAAGAUCGCAAUGGCUGUUCGGAGAUCCAGUGUUUUGAGGGGGUGGAGUGCAUGGACAUUCCUGCUCCUGGGGUGGGGGCGGUGUGUGGAGAUUGUCCCCUGGGUUACACAGGAGACUCACUCAAGUGUUACGAUAUUGACGAGUGUUUCCUUGAUGCUAAUCUAUGUGAACAAGUAUGCACAAAUACUGAUGGAGGAUUUGUGUGCUCUUGUGUGGAAGGCUAUCAGCUUAUGGCAAACCAGUGCGAAGAUAUUAAUGAGUGCCAUACUAUUAACGAUUGUCAGCAGCUGUGUCUUAACACUGAGGGCUCGUACACCUGCAGCUGUAAUGAAGGGUUUAACCUGUCAACCGAUGGUAGAAAUUGUACAGCUGAUUUUCCCUGUAAUGGAUCUUGUUCAUUUGCGUGUGCUGUCAUUGAUGGACUAGAACAGUGCUAUUGUCAAAAUGGAUUCCAACUGGACAUCGUUAAUGAAACCCUAUGUAUUGAUCAAAAUGAAUGCCAGGAGAGCAAUCCUUGCGAGCAUGAGUGCACCAACAACAAGGGCUCGUUCAGCUGCUCCUGUAGCACUGGCUAUCAGCUCCUCAGUGAUGGCAAAAGAUGUGAAGAUAUCGAUGAAUGCUUUCAAGCUGCUUUUAUUUCAACUGACCUCUGUGAAAAUGACCCAAACUCUCAAUGUAUAAAUACCGAAGGAUCUUUUGAGUGUACUUGUGCAGCUGGUUACAACAACCUAACAAUAAAUGGUUCCUGUCAACGGGUGAGGAAUGAGCCACCACCCAAAGUUGAUGUGAUUAUUGAUGAAACCAGCAUUGAAAACAGUGUGAAUUUCACCUCCUCAACAUUGACACCUGACACAUUCACGCCAGAUCGUCAGCAACUAUUUAGAGAAACAACUGCAAUUGCUGUCAAUAACUAUUGCACCUCAGUAUCCUGCAAGUUGAUACUUCCAUCAGGAGAAAUACAAAAAGUCACCCAACUCGUUAUCUUUUCAGCAAAUGUUGCCAUUCCGACUUCCCUCAUCAAGAAAAAAGACGGAGAGAAUAUGAUGUUUGUUGUGUUUGUUCAAGUUGACGAAGCUUAUCUCUCAAAAGAUAAUUUAGAGUACGCAAUAAUGAAUGCUGCAGAACUCUACAAAAUGAACGGAUUCCUUCCCACUUUUGAGCUUACUCCUUCUACUCCAACUGUGUGGAGUGGUUCAGCACUGAUCGGAGUGAUAGUGGGAGUUAUAGCAGUACCUAUUGUUUUGGUGAUACUAAUUCUCCUAGCUGUUUUGUGUAAAAAAUGCUGCUUCAAUAAAAGUAAAAUAAAUCCGAGUCAUCAGAUUGAGUUGAGCACUGUUGUUGACAAUCCUUUCCAAGAUAAAGUCGAUAAAGAUCAUCAUUAAUAUUGUAUGAACAGAUAAUUAGCUCGCCGCAGUAUAUAUUAUUAUUAUUGGUUUUUUAUAGACACCCUAGCUAUUAGCAUAUAAAAGUAUGUACUUUAUUAUUAUACAGGUUCCUUUAGUCAAUGUACACGAUAAAAAUUAUAGUAGAUGUUCUGUGUAUAUAGUAUCAACAUCUUGUUCUUUUUCUGUUUGACUAAAAUGAUAAA